AUGGCAAGAUAUUACAAAUGUGUAGUACUACUUUUGGUGUUGGUUAUAAUUUCACAAUCAUGCUUGUGUGCAAAUUCAAAUGUCCCUUGCAUAGAAAAAGAGAGACAAGCCCUUGUUGAUUUCAAAGCAUCCAUUUCACAACACUCAUCAAACAGGCUUACCUCAUGGAAAGGUACUUACUGUUGCCAAUGGGAAGGCAUUGGCUGUGACAAUGCCACUGGACAUGUUGUCAAACUUGAUCUCAGAAAUCCUUGUUACUCGCCAUAUCGGCAGCCACGAGAACCUUAUCUCUACGUUCAAUACAAUUUGUAUGGUCAAAUGGCCUGUAUGUCGGUACAAUCUCCAAAUGUCAGCUCGUCUUUGCUACAAUUGGAACACUUGACUUAUUUGGACUUGACUGGAAAUCAUUUCAGUAGAAGUUCAAUUCCUAUGUUCAUUGGUUCCAUGGGACGCCUUGAGCAUCUCUCUCUCUCAGACGCUGGUUUUAGCGGAAACAUUCCCAUCAGUCUCGGAAAUCUUAAAAGCCUACAAUUUCUUGAUCUCAGCUUCAAUUAUGAUUUUAGCCCCUCAUUACAAUUGAACGGGGACACCACUUGGAUAUCUAAACUUCAUUCACUCAAUCACCUUGACUUGACUUCUGUUCACAUCAAGGACACACACAACUUAUUCCAGGUACUCAAUUUACUCCCAUCCUUGUUGCAUCUUUCCUUAGAUGAUUGUGAACUUGACAAUUCACUCAUUCCUCCUCAUGCUUUCCAAAACAUGACAUCUCUUGUCUAUCUAGAUCUCUCACUUAAUAUGCUUUCUAGUCCAAUUCUCGAGUCUUUUCAAAACAUGACUUCCAUUGAAUCACUCUAUCUUUCUGGAAACAAUUUCACAUUAGUGCCAUCAUGGUUUUGCAACUUUGAAAAACUUACUCAUCUUGAUCUUUCUCGCAAUAGUUUAACUUUCAUUCCAUCAUGGUUUGUCGAUUUGAAGAGACUUGUGUACCUUGAUCUUUCAUUCAAUGAGCUCUAUGGUCCAAUUCCAGAGGCUUUUCCAAACAUGACUUUCAUUGAAUUCCUUGACCUUUCUCAAAAUAGUUUAACUUCAAUUCCAUCAAGGUUUGUUGAUUUGAAGAGACUUGUGUACCUUGAUCUUAGUUGGAAUCAACUCGCACUAAAAGAUUACUUUCUAUCAUCAAUCAUAAAUUCCAUGUGCCGCCUAAAAUUUUUGAUUUUAUCAACAAACAAGCUUUAUAUAGAAUCAAUGGAACACUUUGAAAUAUCUAAAUGUAUUAGAUAUGAUUUGGAGUACUUGGAUUUAGGGUAUAAUCAUAUCAGUGGCCACCUGCCAACUUGGUUGGAGAAACUUGAAAAUCUAAAAUAUCUUGAUUUUACUUCAAAUUAUCUCCAUGGACCUAUCCCUUUGUCAAUAGGAAAGUUGUCAAAACUGCAUGAGCUAUAUCUCUCCAAUAAUAUAUUUGAAGGGCUCAUUCUUGAAAGUAUAUGUCAACUUGUCAAUUUAACCAGCUUACAUCUUUCUUUUAAUAAGUUUUAUGGUUCAAUUCCUCAAAAUCUAUGGAAACUUACAAAUCUACGUUAUCUUGAUCUUUCAAACAAUUCUUUUAAUGGGCUCAUUCCUGAAAGUAUAGGUCAACUUGUCAAUUUAACUUACUUACGUCUUUCUUCUAAUAAGUUUCAUGGUUCAAUUCCUCAAAACCUUGGAAAACUUGCAAAUCUAGGUUAUCUUUAUCUUUCAAACAAUUAUUUUAAUGGGGUCAUUUGGGAAAGUCUUUGCCAACUUGUCACUUUACGUAUCUUAGUCAUCUCUUCUAAUAAAUUAGAUGGUUCUAUUCCAGAAAGCCUAGGAAAACUUACAAAUUUAGAGUAUCUUGACCUUUCAAACAAUAAUUUUAAUAGUUUUGUUCUUAAAAGUCUUUGUCAACUUGUUAACUUAUUUCAUUUAGAUGUUUCUUCAAAUAUGCUGGAUGGAACAAUGUCUAUGGAAAAAGGAUGUCAUUUAAAUUUGCAGUAUUUGAAUCUCUCCCAUAAUCAAAUAAGUGGUUCACUUCCAAAAAGUAUUAGUCUUAUAUCAUUGUCUUUUUCAGAGGGCUUGUUUUUAGGAAAUAACCACUUAAAUGGUUCAAUCCCCAUCUCUUUGUGCCAAAUUCCACUUAACAUCCUUGACCUUUCAAAGAAUAACUUGUCGGGUGAAAUUCCAAAUUGUUGGGAGGAUAGUCUAGAAAUGUUGUCUGAGAUAAACUUGUCAUCUAACAAACUAACCGGAGCAUUCCCAAACUCAUUUGGGAAUCUUCCCGUACUGCUUUGGUUGCAUUUGAACAAUAAUAAUCUUCAAGGAGAGCUUCCUGUGUCUUUUAGAAAUUUGAAACAGUUGUUGAUUUUGGAUCUUGGUGAGAAUCAGUUUUCUGGAAGUAUACCAUCAUCAUGGACAAUAGACACAUUUCCUCUAGUGCAAAUUAUUAGAUUGCGGCAAAACAUGUUGAAUGGAAGCAUUCCUACGCAGUUAUGUCAACUCAAGUCCCUCAAAAUUUUGGACCUUUCUAGAAACAAAUUACAUGGCUCGAUACCUCCAUGCAUAGAAAACCUUGAAGGGAUGAAAUUAACACCAUUGGUUCCAGCAACGUCUCCAAUACCAUUUGCAGUAGCUCCUUCUUCUGAAGGAUGGUCUAGUCAAGACGCCAUGGAAGUGGUGAAAGGAGUGGAACUUAACUAUACUAAAAUCUUGAAGCUUGUAGUUCACAUGGACUUGUCAGAAAAUAAUUUGGUUGGAGUCAUUCCUGAUGAAAUCACUUUUCUCACAGGUCUUCAUGGUUUGAGCUUGUCAAAAAAUCAAUUGACAGGAGAGAUCCCUCAAUUGAUAGGAGACAUGAAAUCACUAGAAUCCUUGGACAUGUCUCAUAACCAACUUUCAGGAAAAAUUCCCAACACCAUGUCUGCUUUAACUUCAUUGAGUCAUUUAAACUUGUCUCACAAUAAUCUCUCAGGACCAGUUCCUAAAGAUAAUCAGUUCUCAACUUUUAAUGACCCGUCUAUUUAUGCUUACAACCCAUACCUUUGUGGAUCUCCACUUCCAAACACGUGCCCUGGUGAUCUUUCACAUGGAGCUUCUGAAAGCAAAGGUAAUGAGGAUGAAGAUGGGAUAGAAAAAGUAUGGUUCUACUUUGUGAUAGCACUCGGCUUUGGGACUGGGUUAUGGGGAGUUAUUUUCACUUUGUGGUUCAAGAAGAAUUGGAGACAUGCUUACUUCAGAUGGGUGGAAGAUGUUGGUGAUGAGAUAUAUGUGGCAAUUGUAAUAAAAGUGGCCAAAUUAAAGAAGAUGAAGAUGAAGAGAAACCAUGACCAUGAGUGA